UGGCCAGCUGCUGCCUUUCGCUUCAGGCUCUCGCGGGGCUGCUGUGCGAAGAUGGCGGCCGAACUGGUUGAAGCGAUGAACAUGGUAAAGAGUUUCCGGGUGUCUGAUCUGCAGACACUGCUGGCCUCCAUGGGCCGCAGUAAAAGCGGUUUGAAGCAGGAUUUAGUGGGAAGAGCUCUUCGGCUUGUGCAAACGGAGUACAGUCCAGAGCUGCUAAAGAACGUCCGACAGCUCUACGAGACGCGCUUCCCCAAAGCCUCGGCCUGGCUGGCUGCCCGACGCCCGGAUUCGGUGCCCGUAACCUACCCUGCCCUAAACACCUCGCCUAGAGGCACGGCCCAGGGAACAGACUACCUCAACGGCAUCCCCAAACCGGUGCCGCCUCCUGCGGCCGAAGUCAAACUGGUGCCCCUGCCAUUCUACCACAACCUAGAAACGCUGCUGCCGCCGACAGAACUGAUCGCUCAGAACAGUGAGAAGCUGCAAGAGAGUCAAUGUGUUUUUGAAUUAACAACAAGCCAAGUGGAACAGAUCCGGAACGCCAGUGAACUUCGCCCAGGGAUGAAAUCAGUUCAGGUGGUUCUCAGAAUCUGCUACACAGACUCAAUCGGUGUUCAGGAGGACCAGUAUCCUCCCAAUAUUGCUGUGAAAGUAAACCAGUCCUAUUGUCAUGUACCGGGUUACUAUCCCUCCAAUAAACCGGGUGUGGAGCCGCGUCGGCCCUGUCGACCCGUCAAUAUCACGCCCUGGUUACACCUCUCCACAGUCACUAACAGAGUCACCAUCACGUGGGGCAACUUUGGAAAGCGGUAUUCUGUCGCAGUGUAUCUGGUGAGGGUGUUCACGUCUGGAGAGCUCUUCAACCAGCUGAAACAUUGCUCAGUUGAGAGUCCCGAUCGUUGUCGCGAACGCAUUCAGGACAAGCUGCGCUUUGAUCCUGAGAGUGAGAUCGCCACUACAGGGCUGCGAGUGUCCCUCAUCUGCCCUCUGGUGAAGAUGAGACUUGGAGUGCCGUGUCGAGUGCUCACCUGCGCCCACCUGCAGUGUUUCGAUGCUGUUUUCUUCCUGCAAAUGAAUGAAAAGAAACCCACAUGGACCUGCCCUGUAUGCGACAAACCUGCUCCAUUUGAGCUUCUUACUAUUGACGGGUUGCUGUCUGAGAUCCUUAAAGAGACGCCAGAGGAUGUGGAGGAGAUUGAGUAUUUGACUGACGGUUCAUGGAGACCAAUCAGGGACGACAAAGAGAAGGAUAGAGACCGGGAAAACAGUCGCUCGCCCGACUAUCCAGUGGUAGAUAUAUGUGUUCCUGAGGCGAACGGGCACUCUCCAGCACAUAGCAGCACAAACCAGUCCGGGAAGUCCGGAUCGGGAGGUGCGUCGGCAGGAACCGGCGGCACCAGUGCUGGGUCGGGAGGCGGAGCAGUUGUGGACCUGACUCUGGACGACUCGUCAGAGGAAGAAGGAGGGGGUGGGGCAGAGGACAGCGAGGACACGGACGACAGCCAGGACAGCCCCGCCCCCAAACGAGGCAGAUACGAUUAUGACAAAGACCUGGUCACCGCAUACUGAGACCAGCAGGACACUUAGACUUGUUGGGGGGGAGGGGGGGUGUAGAUGGGAUAUGAGCCUUGGAAAUUCAAGAAACGUGUCCCUGUAUCCUCUCCCGAAUGCAUACACACUCAUGCACGCACACAGACACGCAAUCUCAUGCGCUGCAGACUUCUGGAGCAGUCGGGCGUCGUGUUGACAAACUUGUUGAUGCCCCGUAAAGCCAUUCCCAGUCAUUCACUGCAUCCUAAUAUCGAUUCUCCCUUUAAAGACCAUGGAAGAUUAACACCACCUUCAAUUCUGCUCUAUUGUCCUCGAUUUCCUCUCCACUUUGUGUUCUGACAGGUUUAAACAUCCUGGGAAAUUUAAGAUCUCGCCUGUUUUAGGCUUUCAAAAUAUGAGAAAAGCUACCGUAUCUCCAAAAAGUUCAUUCCUUUGGUCGAGAUCACACGACUAUUUGCAAUCUAUUCAGAGGUGUUUUCUGUUAGUCCUCCACAUAAGAUGUUUAUAUAUAUUAGCUGAUCGUUUCAAUGUGAUUUGGAGACAUUACUGAAGAAUUUCCUCAAAUUUUUCUCAUUUUUGUUUUUAAUUUGUCCACAGAAGUUGACAACCUACCUCAGUCUAACAGCAGGCUUGACCAGAGGGUUAUUGAAAGGGUGUUGAAUGAAAUUAUUUUUUUUCUUCUAGUUUUGUUUUUCGAUCCCUUUUGUUUUUCUUGUACAGCAACACUGGAGAGGCAUCAAGCAUUAAUUAUUAUUUUGUGCUUGCCCAUUUAGGCAUCAUAUUAAAAAUGAUUCUGACUCUA